AUGGCACCAUAUGUCCGCCCAAUAACUACCAUCACCUCGAACUCCGCGAAGAACAACUAUCAUGAUGCGGAGCAGCUCACCUUCUACCCAGCCUUUUGCUUCAAGGCGUCCCCGACGCACUUUGCUUGGGUGAAGCUAGCCACAUCGGAUAUCCAUCGUUUACGAAAGCGAGUGGAGUUUGCAGACCAAGGCCUCUUCUUCUACCAAAACCAUCCAAUUCGGUUCGCCAAUCUGAUCGGAAUCAUCAUUGCACGGACCGAUGUGCCCCGACGGACGAUACUCACGCUGGAUGAUAGCUCCGGAGCAACGAUUGAAGUAGUCGUUUUGAAGGCAGAUGAGCCCUCUACCUCAAAAUCUACGGCCGGAAUCCGUGGCCGAACCACGAAUUCGAACACAACUGGCGAAGAUGAUACUCUGGAGGAGAAAGGCAUUCGAAAGGAGGCCCACGUAACAUCAACAACGCACAGCCCCAUCGACAUCACCCCGCUACGCCCAGGAACCCUCUUCCAGAUCAAAGGCACGCUAUCAGUCUUUCGCUCGACGAUGCAAGUCAACCUCGAGCGAUUCUUCCCGGUCCCCGAUACAGCUGCUGAGAUGCGCUUUGUUGAAGCGCGGUGUCGGUUCUAUCUUGAGGUGCUUUCUACACCUUGGUUUGUGAGUGAGGGAGAUAUUGAGACUCUGAGACUUGAGGCGGAUGAAGAGGGGGAGAAGAUUGAGGAGGAGCAGGCGCGGGCUAGGAGGAGAGCGAGGAGGAGGGUUGAGAGGGAGGAGAAGGAACGGCUGAAAAUUGAGAGGGCGUGGGACAGGGAGGAAGCUAGUAGGGAGAAGGAUGCGAGGAGGGCGAGAGAGGCGGGGGGUGAGCUUUUGCGAGAGCUUGAGGCUAAGAGGAAGAGGGGGCGUGAUAGAAUGGGUAGUUAG